AUGGGACGUUACUCAGGAAGAAGCAGCCGGCUCAUUUUAAUGUGCGCUGUGAGCCUUGUGCUUUUUGUGGUGGAGAUAGCAGUAGCGUACAUUGGUAAUUCCUUGUCUCUAGCUUCUGAUGCUUUUGCCGUCCUAUCUCACUUUAUCUCCAUGGUUAUCGGUUUACUCGGCGUCCGGUUCAGCCGCAUUAGGUGGCACAAAAAGGGCACGUUUGGCUUCCCCCGGGCAGAUGUGGUAGGUGCCUUUGGCAAUUCCAUCUUUGCCACUGCUCUGAUGUUCAGCAUCCUAAUUGAGGCAAUUAAGAGGUAUCUCAAUCCACAGAAGACCGAAGAGGCACUGAUUGUCCUCAUUGUUGGACUUGUAGGUCUAUUCUUCAAUGUGCUUAACUAUGUUGUCUUUAUGGACUGCUGUUACUGUGAGGCAUCCGUUGUCCAAGAAGACACUGAAACAGCAAGAUUACACAUACACAACUUAACAGUUGUAGAAAAACAAUUGCUAGAGCAAGUGGACCUGCUGCUGAGUUCAUUUUUGGAAAACUCCCACUGA